AUGCUAACGGAGAAUCACAGGUAUCAGGCUAAGCUGAAGACGGCGCCGUUGCUUACCCAGAGUGUGACUACAGCGGUCCUCUUCGCAACCGGCGACACGCUCGCCCAACAAGCCGUUGAAAAACGCGGCUUUGAAAAACAUGAUCCCAUGCGCACAGCCCGCAUGGCUGCAUACGGAGGCGCCAUCUUCGGCCCCGCCGCCACAAAAUGGUACGCCCUCCUAACCCGACACAUCAACAUCCCCGCCUCGCCCACACGCACCCUCUGCGCCCGCGUCGCAGCCGACCAAGUCGUCUUCGCCCCACUUAACAUGACGCUCUUCCUCUCCUCCAUGGCCUACCUCGAAGGCGCCAGCGUGCGCCAGCGCCUCGCCGACGCCUUUUUGCCCGGCUACCAGAAGAACCUGAUGCUCUGGCCGUGGGUGCAGUUUGCAAACUUCAAGUACGUGCCCAUGGAGUUUCGCGUGCUUGUUGUCAAUUUUGUCAGUCUGGGCUGGAAUUGCUACCUCAGUGCGCUGAAUUCGGGGGGUGGGGGGGAGGGGGGCGAGUUGCCGCCUUCGUAG